ACACUCAUUGUAUGAUGUGACAUUCAUCAAACGUCAAAAAAUGUUUCUUUAGCGAAAUAUUAAAAUAAUUUCAUUAAUUUUUUCGUGGCAAUUUAUUGAAAAUCAACUGAAAUGAAAAACAUUUAACUGAAUUGUGUGUAGCAUAACCAUAAAUAUACCAAUAUCUCUGCAAUAGUGUCCGGUUAAUGCAUUUUCAAAUUGAAAAACAUUGAAAUUUUCACUCUGUUCCGUAAAGUGUUUGUGCAAAUUAGACUUUAAAAUAAGUUCAAUGACGAAACAAUUUCAAAUGAACAUAUCAUCGAAAUUGGCUUCAAAUUGGUCUCCAUGUCUAUAAGCCGGGAACAUUCACAACAUCAGAAUAGAGAAAACAAUUCGGUUACCAAACAACAUUUGGAUACCGUCGAUCGUGAUAGUGAUAGUGACAAUGGUAUUGUUGAUAACAACAUUGCCGUCAACCAAUCGACACACAGCUCGUCAGUCGGAACAACAAUUGAAAGCGAUCGAUCUGAAAGUGAUGAAUCGGAUGGAGAAGAAUUGUUAAGCCACAGCAACAAAAAGCGUUUAUUGUUCGGAAAUAUGAUUGUGUAUUUCGGACGGGAGUUUACUGUCUUCUUGAUCUUGUUGCUGACCACAUAUGCCACGUAUCAUAAUUUGCCUCCGAAAGUGUCGAAAAUAUCGCCGAGUAGACCUUUCUUUCCGAAAGGAUCGCUCGUGAACGACUGGCCGCAUGGACAGCUGAAUCUGAAGUCCAAGCUGUUACUCACCGAUCUGUCUUUCGUUUUAUUUUACGCUCCGUGGUGUGCCGAAAGUCAACAUGCCCGCGUUUCUUACGAACAUGUAGCUCGACUGUUCGCCAGGGAAGCGGAAUUCUCAGCAAUUAAUUGCUGGCAACCGGGCGGUGAAUGUCGUGCUCAUUAUACGAAGGUCAUGACAUGGCCGGUUCUGAUGGCCUACACGCAAAAUGGACUCGCUGUUCCAUACAACGGCCGGUGGAAUAGCCGGGAAUUAACGCAAUUCGUUCGGGCUCUUAUGCUCCCGAUGACACGAUUUACGAAUCCCGAUGAACUGUUGACUGCAAUGGCAUCACAUGAUGCCGUAGUUGUUGCGUUCGUUAAUCUGCUGGUGCAUCGUAGCUUCUAUUCGAAUUUUUACAAGACAGCUGUUAAGUGGAUUGAAAAGGAUCCGAACCAAGAGGUACUGUAUGGUGUGGUGACUGGUGAUGCAAUGAAACAGUUUGGCGUCGAAUCGACACCAGUGGUUCGAAUGUAUCUGUGGAACGAUACCAUUGAAUACACAAACGACACAUGGACGCAGCCAGAAUUGUCCAAAUUCGUUUCCACGAAUAUCCAUCAAGUGAGUGCGUGGGUUUCACCUCCCGGUUCCAAAGCAGCCACACUAGCACCGUAUUUUAUGCGGGGACCUGUCGUUCUACUUUUUACGCCUCGCAUUCAUUAUGCAGAGUCGAAUGAUGCGUACGCAAUGCUACGCCAAGCGGCCCUACAGUACUACAACUGUCCAAGCUCUAACGAAAUUUGGAUCCGAGAAAUGUCCAGAGAGUUCAUGACCAAGCAACGCAUCAAAUCGCAACAGGAACACAAAACCUUCCUGGAACAGUGUCGACAUCUGAUGAAAGCGGAUCGCACAUCGCUGCGGUGCGCUCAAUCCACAGUGUCUGUUACUUUCGCCAACAUUGUCAACUCUUCGAACGACCCCGGACAACGCAUUUUCGGUCCAAUGAAUGCGAACGAGGGUGGCGUUUCGCAUCGCUACAGCAGAUACAAAGUUGAUUCGUGCGAUGCAUUCACGGCCAACCGUUUUGCCGAUGUUGCCGGUGCGGAUAUGGAUCAACAGAGCAGCGAAACGUUGGCGAAAAGGGAGUUGAAACGGAAAUGCGAAUCGUUCGUCGACGAGGAGAACGUACGCUUUUUCAUUGAGACGGAGGAUCAUGAGGAGGACUUUGAAUCGAUAGCGGGACUUUCGUGUAAAUCGAAUCAAUCGUUAUCGUUCUUAGCCAUGGACAGCUUGGUGUAUCACACAUUCGCCGAACGAUUGGGAUUUAAUGUGCUGAAGAGGCGUAGUAAAACAGGACUAGUCAUUGUGGAUUAUGAGAAUGAAUCGACGUUCGUGCUGAAGCAAGCAGUUAACACGAGAAACGUAAUCAGUUUCAUUGGAAAUUUCCACAACAAAACAUUGUCCCGUCAUCUGAAGUCAACGUCUCGGCAACCGGCCACGUCGUCGUCGUCCGACAUGCGGCGCUACGUCUCGAUUAAGCGAACAUUCUCCUUGAAAGAGAUCAAUUCUGACAAUUUCAACGACCAGGUGGUGCUGUCGAACAAAACGGUGGUGGUGCUGUUUUAUUCAACCCAGUGUGCCUUGUGCAGCCUUAUGUCGCACACAUUGAUGAUGGCAUCGAAAAUGCUCCAAGACAUCGACCGUAUCGAUUUCGUGCGCAUUGACGGCGACCAAAAUGAUCUGCCGUGGCAGUAUACGCUCGACAAAUUUCCUGCUUUGUUGGUCUUUCCGGAAAAUAGGAAAAUGGAAAGUCGCAUUUUCUCAACGAAUCAUCAAGUCAAUGUUCAAAAUGUACUCGGAUUUCUGUUGGCUAACAUUGACCGACCGCUGCGACUGCAUGCAUUGGCUCUAAUUUGCCAGAAUACUCAUAAACCAUUUUCGCACGAUGACUGUUUCCGUGUGCUGCGCACUGAAAUCACAGACAGCAUUUCAUUCAACCUGAAGCAAUGGCGAAAAGUUCCGCAUCAACGUGGCCAAAUCUACCGAAGACUACAAAUAUUGCAACGAAUGUAUCUGGAAUUGGUUCGGAUUAAUGUGAGCUGUGAUUUUAGUGAAUUAAUUGUUGGCGUCAGUGAUAUACGACGAGUGUGGAGACAAUGAUGAUGUCGGCGACGGUUUUAUUAUAAUGAUACUCGGAAAUGGAAACGGUGCGAUUAGCAGAACGGUUGAAAAUGUUGUGGAAAAGACAUUUUUGAAUCCAAAAUUGAAAUAAAAAAUAAUUUAAUCAACGAACGAGGACGGGACGAUGUUAAUAUAUAUUUUGUCAAAUUAAAUGAAAAGUUAUAAAUUAUAGCUUAUGUUAAGCAAUUGGACGA